GAUAGUGAAGUGAAAUACCUAAAAUAAUAAACAAUGUUCGCGAACGGACAGGUAGUAGGUGAUGGUACCUGGGACCUUCGAGUUUUCGUCACUGAUCUACAAACAGAAAGGUUGAUUCGCGUAAAAGGAGAUGUCCACAUUGGCGGAGUGAUGUUGAGGCUGGUCGAGGACCUAGAAAUUUCAAUGGAUUGGUCCGACCAUGCGCUUUGGUGGCCCGAUAAAAAUAUAUGGCUGACAAGAACCAGAUCUACUCUAGACCAAUGCGGAGUCCACGCAGAUGCCUUACUUCAUUUUACUCCAAUGCACAAAAUUCUCAGGCUACAAUUACCCGAUCUUAGGUAUUUGGAUAUGCGGGUUGACUUUUCAAUCAAAACCUUCUCCGCUGUAGCUCAACUUUGCAAAGAUCUAGGCCUAAGGCACCCCGAAGAAUUGUCUCUUUCGAAACCACUGGAACCCAAUCAUUUAAAAUACAAUUAUAAAGACUUGCCAAAGAAAAAGUACGAAAACGGAACGAAUAGGAACGGACAUCUUCCAUCGGAUACCAACACGUUUAUAGCGAAUAGCAGUCCGGGAGGCAGUAACGGAAGUUUGGAUAAGUCUUACAUGUGUGCUCCAGUAACUCCAUCUCGAGGACCGCCAAGUUCAACACCUGUAAAUAGCCCUAGUGGAAAUGGAACAUGGAACAGAAACGGUUUCGGCAACGACAUGAAUGGCACAUUAAAUUAUUCUGGAUACGUACCUAAUAGCGCAAGUCUCGAACAGCUUGAUGGAUCUUUUGAUAAUUCCCUGGCACACAGCCCGCCAUCGCCGAGUCAAGAAGCCAAGAGACAUCUUAUUCGGCCGAAAUCGUUAAUAGAAAAGGCGCGAAUGAAUGUUGCGUGGUUGGAUUCAUCACUCUCAAUUAUGGAGCAAGGAGUUAGAGAACAUGACACAUUGUGCUUAAAAUUCAAAUUCUGCUCCUUCUAUGACUUAAAUCCUAAAUACGAUGCUGCAAGGAUCAAUCAAAUCUUUGAACAAGCCAAAUGGCAAUUGUUGAAUGAGGAAAUUGAUUGUACAGAGGAAGAAAUGCUGCUGUUCGCCGCAUUACAGUUGCAAAUAAAGUUACAAGCAAAUCAACCGCAGCCUGCGUUAGAUAACGGAAGCGCUCCAUCUCCUAUAGAAGACGAUAUAGAUGCCGCUUUGAACAAUCUUCAAACAACUUUAGAAGGAUCCAGCCUUAACACUUACUCCAACGACAUCACACAAGUGCCUGAAUUGAGGGACCAACUACGGUUCUUAAAGCCUAAGCGGUUUACUCUAAAGGCUUACAAGAAAUACUGGUUCACUUGUCGAGACCUCCAUCUUUUCAUGUAUAAAACUAGGGACGAUAUGCUGAGCUCCCAGAAUCAGGUGUUCAAAACCAGUUUGAAGGGUUGCGAGGUUACUCCCGAUGUGAACAUUACACAAAACAAAUAUGUUAUAAAAUUGGAAGUGCCUAGUCCCGAAGGAAUGUCCGAAAUGUAUAUACGCUGUGAUGAUGAAACCCAAUAUGCAAGAUGGAUGGCUUGCUGUAGACUAGCAGCGAAGGGUAGAUCUUUAGCAGAUAGCUCUUAUGAAACCGAAAAGAAGACCAUAUUGGAUUUCCUCCACUUGCAGAGGCCUUCAGAACAACCAGUUCUGAAUCCCAAUGGCUUGGAUUUGCAGAUAGAGGAUUACAUUGCUCCUAAAUAUCUGAAGAAGUCUAGAGGAAAGUUGACUCAAAGAAUCUUAGAAGCCCACGCCAACGUUAAAGACCUUAGCCUCAUCGACGCCAAAAUGAACUACAUUAAAGCCUGGCAACUCCUUCCAGAAUUCGGAAUCAGCCUGUUCGUCGUCAAGUUCAUGAACUCCAAGAAAGAAGAACUAUUAGGCGUCGGCUACAACCGCAUCAUGAAGAUGGACAUCAACACAGGAGACCACCAAAAGACGUGGAGAUUUAACACGAUGAAAGCUUGGAACGUCAACUGGGAACACAAACACAUGAUGGUUCAAUUCGAAGAAGAAAACAUCAUUUUUAGUUGCUUAUCGGCGGAUUGCAAGGUCAUCCAUGAGUUUAUCGGAGGGUACAUUUUCUUGUCGACUCGAUCGAAAGAUGCCAGCCAAACGCUUAACGAGGAGUUAUUCCAUAAAUUGACAGGGGGGUGGUCGUAGAUUAUAAAAAUUAGUGCCUUUAAUGAAAUGUGUCAAUUAAUAUUUUUAGAGCACGCUUCCCUCAGUAGAUCUUCUUAUUAUUAAGAUUGUCGAAUCUCUCACAAUACAAUAAGUUGUUGGUGAUAUAUACUACACAAUAAAAAUAGGUGCCAAAUAAUCUAUUGAUUCUGUGUAUCGAUAUUUUUCAUUUUGGAAAUGAUAGAUUAAUAAACCAAAUACUUUUAAAACAGUAGACGUCUUCAAAAUUCAAUAUUAAUGCUGCAGUUCCAUGAUUAUUACUUCCAACUUGUUAUAUCCUUACUAUUAUUGAUCCUGAACACCAGUUUUGUCAUAUACAAUAAAACUGGAUGAGUAAAGAGAACCCCAGCAGUUGGGCGCUAUCUUGGAAAACGUAAAAAUUAAUCCAAGGGUGUUCUGUCUUUGAAUUUACCAUUUAAUUACGAAUAAAUGGAUGAACUGUUUUCCAGAGCUUCCACACUAAAGUUGAUAAUAAGUGAUAAGCCAUAAAUUAAGUAAAAUAAUAUAUAGCUUCCCUCAAAAAUAAAAGCGCACAACCCUGUAACUUCGUUCCUUUUACUUCUGGGCAAACGAAAUUGUUCGCCUGUUAGAGGACCAACAUGUUUAGAUCGAAGUCAGCUUCCCGACACACAAACGGAAAGUAAAGUCCCUGGGUUCCUUUGCUGACUUCGCUAUUGACAUUAAACGGUUACCUAUGGUUGGUAAAAAUUUAAUUCAAAUUCAAUAUCCGCUGAUAUUGAACUUUCUCUCUAUUUGAGAUAUUAUUUCAAAAUUCAUGCGGAUUGAGACAAAAAAGCGAAAUAAAAGAAAGACAAUACCAUCUUGUUAGAGAAAUCUGGCAGUACAAAUAAAAAUUUUGAUUAUAUUUAUUCUCUCUGAAGAUUUUGAGACGCAAUUUAGAAUUACAAAUAAAAACAUUACGAAAUUUAUAUAAUAUACAGAGUGGACAAAAAACUGCUAGUUUUAGUAUUAAUGUUAACUAAAUGGAGCUAACAGCAUUAUCAGGUUAAUGUUUUCAAUAAUAUUACUUAUAUACUUUACUAUACUGCAAAAUAUUUGCAACUUACACCCAUAACGUGUAUUUUCUGCAUUUUUAAAAAAGAAUUGGUUAUCUUCUAAUAAGACGAUCUAUUGUAAUUUUUGUGUAAGAUUAAAACAAUAAUAAACCUAAUUCAAGUUAAUAGUUUUAAUAAUAAUUGAUCCAGAUUUGCUUAUUUUGAAAUUGUUUUAUAUGUUGAUUUUUGUAAAUAAUAUUGUCAGUAUUUCGGACGAGUCGAGUGGAAUUCAGUAUAUUUAAUUUAAGAAUCGACUGUCACGUCAAAUUUUUAACAUAAUUAUGAUAUAAUUAUAUAAUAAUCGCUAUAUAAGUGACAUUUCGUAAUGUUGAAAACGAAGCAUUUUAGUUUAAAAUGUAUAAAUACAAAUGACAGUUUUACAGUUGUCAUUUGUCAGUUGUCAAGACAAAAAACAUUGUGUAUAUGCGUCAGUGUCAACCAUUUUUUGUAUUGCUUUUUUAAACCAGCACUAAGUUAAACAAUACUAAAGAAAGUAUAGUUAAUU